UCGAAGCGUGUCGUGUGCUGACCGGGGAAAUAAUUUAUACAUGAUUUAAUUUAUUAUUAGAAAGUGGUUUACACCGAAAAUCACCUGCCCGCUUGUUGCAGAGUUUGGCAAGCCAAAUUUGGCACCAGGAAAAACGCAAUGUUGAAACAUUUUGUUGGGACAGCAAAAGAGCAAUUUUUUUAUCACAAUACUUUACUUUGUUUGGUAAAAGCUCUUGAGGGGCAAAAUAUAACUGUAGAUUUACGACAUGACAGCCAUGUCUGUGGAGAAGUCAUCUUAGUUGAUGGGUACAUGAACAUUUCUUUUGGAACAUCAGUUUUCGUCGACUCUAAAGGCAACGAGUUCGCCUACGAUAAUCUAUUCAUCCAGGGUCGUAAUAUCAGACACGUCCACAUUCCCGAAAAUAUGGCGGCAAGGGAUGCUAUCAAAACAGAACUAGGAAAAGUAGCUCCUAAACCUAGAAAUCAAAACGAGCAAGUACGAAAAUCUAGAAAAGCCAAGAAAGCCCUCAAACUUCAUAUGGAAACCGUGGCCAGACUGCAAGACACUACGGACUCCUGACGCCCAUGUUUAGAUAAGUUCAUCUGUUGUAUUCAUCUCACUAUAUGUAAAUAGCUCUCUCUUUGUUAUCACACUCUGAUUAAUGUUUUUUAAAAGGUCAUGUAAUAAAAUAGUGAUGAAGUAUUUA